AUGGGCCUGCGGACCGUCGCUUUCUGCGACCUUGUGACCGAUUUGAUACAACGAUUACUUGACACCGCUGCAAAAACCAACAUUAUUGUGUGUGGUACCAGAUCGGAAUUUCUAGUGCAAUUAUCUGCGGCAAUUCGCUUACAGCGGUCUGUACCAGAUGUUUCACCGCGCCUGGAUUUGCUCACCAAGAGCAUCGGUCUUCUUGCGCACUCAAGCAAGAUCCGACUCACUUUCUGUCCAAGCCUGGAGAGUCUAAGAGCCUACCUUGCCAUAAUGGGUCCGAUCGAUACGGGCAUCACAGAAACAACAGAAAGAGGUCUAGGUCCUCGGCCACUACUUGCAAUCCUGGAUCUUGUGGCUUUACAUGCUACGACAACGGAGCUUGCGGCUCAAGGACUGUCGAGAACCCUUGCUGCUGCUGUCGAAGCAGCAUCGCGGGUGGACAUGGAUUUGCUUCUCUGUGAAUGUGUCAAUGCCGUAGAUCCUUCCAACGCCAAUUGGGGAGGGCGAUUAUGGGAUACGCAAAUUCCCUUAUUGAAUGGCUCGGUGCGAAUUCGUGAUGAAGGAAACUGGGGCGGACAUGGUGUGUCCAUUAAACAAGUGGCUCAACGAUGGUUCAGCUUUGAUGGAGAGACUGUGUGA